UAUUGUCAGAAAAGCCAACAACUUUCACAAUCACUGUGACAUCUGAAGCAGGAGAAAAUGAUGAAAGAGAAUCUUGACGAUAAUGAUGUCACAGACAUAAUAAAACUACUAGAACAACAGGCAGAAGAAAAUUUAGGAAUGGUAAUGAUCUUCACUCUAGUCUCAGCAGUACAGGAGAAAUUAAAUGAAAUAGUGGAUCAAAUAAAAACACGAAGAGAAGAGGAAAAGAAACAGAAAGAAAGAGAAGCAGAAGAAGAGGAGAAACAACGUUUUCAUGGCACUCCUGUUACCAUUGAGAAUUUCUUAAAUUGGAAAGCAAAGUUUGAUGCAGAACUCCUAGAAAUAAAAAGGAAAAAGAUGAAAGAAGAAGAACAAGCAGGCAAAAAUAAAUUAAGCGGUAAACAGCUGUUUGAAAUGGAUCACAACCUCGACACCUCUGACAUCCAGUUCUUGGAGGAAGCUGGUAACAGCGUGGAGGUUGAUGAAUCUUUAUUCCAAGAAAUGGAUGAUUUAGAGUUGGAGGAUGAAGAGGAUGACCCUGACUACAACCCUGUUAAUUUAGACAGUGAUUAGACUUUUUUUGAACUGGCUCUGUCAUCAGUAUGGACAUAUGUAAGGAGAGAGGGGCAGGCAGGAAAGCCACAGCAUCUGUGGUUUUAGUAAUGUGUCUUUUUUUCUUUUUUUCCAAAGAAAAAUAACCAAAAUAUUUUAAAUCCAGGAGAAUGGUCUUCUGAUGACUCAUCGUAAAUAAAUUUAAUAUUACAAAUUAAAAAUUUGAUGAAUAGU